AUGAAUGUGAAGGAACUAUGCGAACAACUUGAAAAGGCUCAAGAAGUAAUAAUGGUGUCACAAUCACGCCAACUCGAGCCAAGUCCUCUAGGCUAUAAGGCAAUGCUGGAAUUGCUCGGUCAAUCAUCUGUUGCAGCUUUUGCAGCUUUGCCAGAAGAGGUCCGCUUCAAAAGGUGGAAGGAGCUCUUCGGAGACUGUGACGGAUCGUUUUUGGAUGAUUUUUAUCUAUACGAAGUCCCCCAUUUCCAGUUUUUCCAUUCUUUCAAAGUACUCGAUCGGCACAUUGGACAUGGCACAAUGGAAAGGCGGUUGAUUCAAGAAGCUCGGCGUUUCUUCUACCAAAGGACAGAAUUUGUCUUUUCAGCAGAUUGGAUCGGAAAGUUUCUAGCUGAUCAACUUGGACAAUGGAACGAUGCCGUCCCGGUUGAAGAGGUCGUUCGGAGUGUCAUCAUUCGAGUUGAUCGGCGGCGAAUGGACGGCUCGAAAAUAGCCCAAUACCUGCGCCGUUCGCUUGAAUUCACCAACAUCGAUUGCUUGAAGGUGGAGAUUUGGGCGAAAGGAGCUCUGGAUGGCACCGAUUAUGAAACACAGGAUACCAUUCGGAAAAUGGCUGGAGCUGUUCAAGAAUUGAUCGAUAAAUUUGGGGAUCGCUUUAGCAUUUGGAAAAUGCGGCUGGAGGAGGAGCGAAUGAAUUGUGGAAGCGAUGAUUACAUUGGCGAACCGCACAAUAUUACAGCUUGGUGGGAUGGGCCGCCAUUUGAAUCCUGGAGAAGGUUGGAACAGGGCACGGCUUCGUUCCAGGAGCUCAUGCAAGAUCAGAUCGAAAGUUGGAAAGACCGACACGGCUCCGAUGAUGAUGAAUACUGGGACUAG